CUCUCAGACUGUGCCAAACGUGGAUGACUGAACUGAAAGGCCCUCAUUAACUGUGCCCCCGUGGUGCUUGGUGCUGCUGCUGUUCUGCCUGGCAGGAGGGACAGAGGUGUGGGGAGGUCCCUGGGUGCUCCUGUCCCUCGGGGCUGCUGGAAACCUGUAAGGGCAGCAGCCUGGCACGGAUCUGACCGGGCUGGGGAGACACAACCUGCAGAGUGGGAUGUGCCCGGGGCUCGGCCGUGCCCAGCCCCAACCUGUCAAGUGCUGCGUCCCCGAGUGCCCCCACGGGGUGCCGGACUCCAGGGGCCGCUGCCGCAGUCCCCAGGCUGCGAAGGAGCAUCCUCAAGGCUGACCAGAAAGGGAGGACCGCGGCGUGCAGGGAACUGCGCCUAUCCCACACCGAACGCUGCAUAGACCCCUGCAUCGUCCUCCCGCAGCCCGGCGGGGCCCGCUUCUGCCCGAGGGGGCUCCGCGGGGCCCCCGCCCGGCCCAUCCGAUCCCCCCGCGUUCGCCGCUCCCCGUUACCGGGCCAACGCCGCGGCGCUGCCGGCGGCCCCUGCGCCGCGCUCGCCCCCGCAGCGCGGCGGGCAGCGCCCCGCGCCUCCCCCAUGGGGCUGCCGGGCCCGAGCCCGCCGCCGCGGAGCCCACCGGCAACACCGAGCCCGCCGAGACCGGGGCUGGCGACCGACCCGCCGCUGUGUCCCCACCGGGAGCCGCGGCGCGGAGCGCAGCCCAGGCAGCCCCCCGCACCCCUCCGGGAGCCAUGGCCCAGCCGGGCAGUGAACUGGGGUCCCUGCCGGUGGCACCCACAUCCCCUGAGCUGGAGUGCCAGAUCUGCUACAGCCCCUUCGAUGCCCGCGCCUGCAGGCCCAAACUGCUCCACUGUGGCCAUCGCCUCUGCACCCGCUGCCUGCGCAGGAUGGUGUCUCCAGGCGAUGCAUCAACCCCCCAGCUUCGCUGCCCCUUCUGCCGCCAGCACAGCCCAGUGCCCAGCGGGGACGUGCAGCAGCUGCAGGAUGAUGGGGAGGCACUGGCACUGCUGACAGGCCGUGAACGGGCCAAGAAGAGGGGUCCACCCCGAUCCCCGGAGGUCCUCCUUUGCCCUGGCGUGCUGGAGCCCACAUCCAGUCCCGACUGCCUGGUUGUCACCAUCCUGGAGGUGCCGGAGGACGUGGCCCCACCGGAGAGCCUGGGCAGGCUGGAGGUGGUGCGGCUGUACCGCCCCACCAGCCUGGGUGUGCUGCCCUGCCACGGCCCUGGGCAGAAGUGCCGCGCCUGGGGGUGGCGAGCCGUCCCCCGCUUCAUCCUGGGUGUCCUCUGCCUCCUUUACUUCAGCUCCCUGCCCUUCGGCAUCUACCUCCUGCUCAUUGAGCACCACAGCCUGGGCAUCAUCCUGGUCAGCCUUGUGCCCUCCACCCUCCUCCUCUGCAUUGUCUACAGCCUCUGCCAGUGCCUGUGCCUGGAGGUCUUUGGGUUCCCCCACUCCUGACCCUGCCAGGCCAACCCCUGUGCCUGUGCCAAGGAGGGUUUGGGUUCCUUGGAGUGUUGUCCCUUGGGGUACAGGUGUUCCCUGAUCCACAGCAUGCCCUACCUGGACCACAGGGAGAAGCUCAGCGCCUGGUGCCUUCCCAUGCAGAACAGCACUGGAAUUUCCAUGUGGGAGCCCACAUUUGAGUGGCUGCAGGAGCUCAUUGCAGCCUACAAGCAUUUGGGCUGGACCCUCAGCUCCUCAUGCUCCUCUUCCACAGUGGACAAAGAGCAGGAGCUGGGCUGAGAGCAGAGCAGCAGCCAGGAGACUAAUCCCAACUGAGGCAGGCGAGUGCUGGGCGCUGAGCGCCGCGGCCGGAGGGGCCCCGGCAGGAGAGGGACGGGCAGAGCCCGGGGGCUCCUGCGGCCGGACCGGCCCCAGCACGGCUCCGUGUCCAUAGUGUAAAUAGUUCUGUCCGUGGCACCCACGCUCCUGGCGGGGCUGCUCCCAUCACAUCCGUGUUCUUUUCCCAAGUGUGAUUCCCGUGUUUGCCGACACUGUGUCCUGGAGAGGGAAGGAGCAGAGGAGAGGAGUUUCUUUGGUGUGUAAAGACGUCUUUGCAGCUGUUUUGUAGUCGUUGUGGUUUUUAUGCGAAGCCUCUGGGCUUUAUUUAACCUCCUUGGGUUUUGUUUUGUAAGGAUUAAUUUAACACCGCUAACCAUUUUAUUACU